AUGGAGUGUGGUGAAAAAAACUAUAAAAAACAGAAAUCUAUUUGGAGUAUAAUUUUUGACGAAAAAAAAUUUGAUAAGGAUGAUGUUUAUUUGAAAAAAAAGCCACGAUUAAUACAUGUUAUUAUUGUUAUUUUUUUAGAAUAUUUUAGUUGGGGUCUUGUAACAAUACCAGCAAUUAAUUUUAUUGGAAGAAAUUAUCCUGAAGAUAAAUUUUUAAUAAAUGGUUUAUCAUCAGGGGGUAGAGGAAUAUUAGCUUUUAUUUUUGCACCUAUACUAGGAAAGAUGACUGAUAUGUAUGGACGUAAAAAAUUUCUUUUUCUUACAGUGUUAUCAACAUGUUUACCAAUUCCAUGUCUUUUUCAUAAUAGUCAAUGGUAUGUAACAAUAUUUGUCGUAACAGGACUUACAGCAAAUUCAUUUGCUGUUGCUAAUGCUUAUGCAGCAGAUAUCACAUGUUUAACAGAUCGUCAUACAGCAUAUAGUAUUAUAUCUUCAACUUUUGGUGCAUCAUUUAUGUUUUCACCUUUCUUAGGUGCAGCUAUUACUAAUACAUAUGGGGAUCAUAUAGCAAUUUUAAUUGCAACAGUUCUUAUUAUAAUUAAUUUGUUAUAUAUUACAUUUAUAUUACCUGAAUCACUGCCAAAAAUAAUUAUUAAAAAUGAAAAUUUAAAUGACGAAACAUUUUGGUUAGUUAUAAAUGAAUUUUUUUCUCUUAGAAAAAUGUGGGCUGAUGAGUAUACUUUUAAAAUAUCAAUGAUUAUAUUUCUUUCAAAUGUUCCUGAAGCUGGACAAAUAUCUUGUUUCUUUAUAUUUUUAAGAGCAAUUGUUGGAAUGUCGCAAAAUGAAGUUGGAAUUUUUAUUGCCUAUGUUGGAUUACUUACAGUUUUUUCACAAUUAUAUGUAUUUAAAUAUUUAACUAAUUCAAUUGGUAUAAAAGGAACAUUAGCAUUUGGUUUAAUAACACAAUGUAUACAAUUAUUUUUUUAUGGUUUUUGCAAAAAUAUUUAUCUUAUUUAUUUUUUUGGAUUAUUUCUUUCAUUAAGUCAAAUGGUAUAUCCAUCUAUUGCAUCAGCAGUUAGUUUAUCAUAUAGUAAUGAGGAACAAGGAUCAGCACAGGCACUUAUUAAUGGACUUCGUGGUUUAUGUAGUGGUAUUGGUCCAGUUUUAUUUGGUUUUAUUUUUCAAUUAUUUAAUUUUGAUGUUCAUAGUGAUAUAGAUUCAUCCAUAACUAUUAAUGGUGCUAAAUUUCCACCACCUAACAUUAGAGUUAAUCCAUUAGCAAUACAUGUUCUUUCACCAAAUAAAAAUAUUACUGAUGAUGAAAAAAGUUCUCAAUUUUUAAGAGUAAUGCCAGGACCACCAUUUGCAUUGGGAUCAAUUUUAGUUUUUAUUGCAUUCUUUUUUUUAGUUGCUAUUAAAAAAAUUAAAGCAACAAAUAAAAAAAAUCAUGGUUCUUUUCCUGAAGGAAUAAUAAAUGAUGAAUCUGUUCCUCUAACUGAAUAUGUUGAUAUAGAUUAA